AAUCCCUAAAUAAAUUAUUAGCCCCAAAUAGUCAAAGACAGCUCUGAGCUAAAAUCUAAAACUCUUACUUCAAUAAGAAAACAUUUCCAGGAACUACAAAAUGUUUUUACAAUCAACCUUGUGCAGAUUUACUACCAAACUCUUCCAAAGCCGCUGUGGCACGUUGCUAGCCAUUCGACCUUACCACGAGGUAACUGGUGACAUUAUCACUCCCUCGCAGGUGCGUGGCAUCGAUCACCUUCGCGAUCCUCGUCUCAACAAGGGUCUGGCCUUCACCUUGGAGGAGCGACAGACGCUGGGUAUCCAUGGUCUCCAGCCCGCCCGCUGCAAGUCCCAGGAGGAGCAACUGAAGCUCUGCGAGAUCUCUGUGAAUAGGUAUGAGAAUCCGCUGAAUAAGUAUCUUUACCUGAGCGACCUCCACGAUCGCAAUGAGCGGCUGUUCUUUCGCUUCCUCUCGGAGAAUAUCGAAGAUUUGAUGCCCAUUGUGUACACCCCAACGGUGGGUUUGGCUUGCCAACGUUUUGGCCUAAUCUAUCGACGUCCUCAUGGCCUCUUUGUGACCUACAAUGAUCGGGGACAUGUCUUCGAUGUGAUCAAAAACUGGCCAGAGUCGGAUGUUCGUGCAAUUUGUGUGACGGAUGGUGAGCGAAUCCUGGGACUGGGAGAUUUGGGAGCCAAUGGCAUGGGCAUUCCCGUGGGCAAGAUGGCCUUAUACACGGCUCUGGCUGGGAUCAAGCCGCAUCAGUGCCUGCCCAUCAUGGUGGAUGUGGGUACCAAUAAUAUCAAUCUGCUGGAGGAUCCCCUCUAUAUAGGUUUGCGCCAGAAGCGAGUGGUUGGACAGGAGUAUGAUGACUUUAUAGAUGAGUUCAUGGAGGCUGUGGUGCGACGAUAUGGACAAAAUACACUCAUCCAAUUCGAGGACUUUGGAAAUCAUAAUGCUUUUCGCUUUCUGGAAAAAUAUCGCAAUAAUUAUUGUACCUUUAAUGAUGAUAUCCAGGGAACUGCUGGCGUUGCUGUGGCAGGAUUUUAUGCCUCCCAGCGUUUGACACAAAAGUCCUUGCAGGACAACAUUUUCCUAUUUGCUGGUUCCGGUGGUGCUGCCAUUGGCAUUGCUGAUCUCACGGUUAAGGCCAUGGUACUGGAUGGUCUACACAUUGAGGAAGCCUACAACCAGAUCUUCAUGGUGGAUGACCAAGGUUUGCUAACCACGUCUCGCAAUCUGGAUGCCCAUCAGGCUGUAAAGUAUGUCAAGGACAUGCCGCCCAUGUCGAGUCUUGCCGAAAUUGUGGGUGUACUCAAGCCGAGUAUCCUCAUAGGUGCAUCGGCCACUGGAGGUAUCUUUACGCCGGAGAUCUUACGUAUGAUGGCGGAUAAUAACGAGAGGCCAGUGAUAUUUGCCUUAUCCAAUCCGAACAUCAAGGCGGAGUGCACUGCCGAAGAUGCCUAUAAGCAUACGGAUGGUCGUGUGAUCUUCUCGUCGGGCUCACCCUUUCCACCGGUCACAAUGGGUGAGAAGACCUUCCAUCCCGGACAGGGUAACAAUGCGUACAUCUUUCCGGGCAUUGCCUUGAGUGUGAUUUGUACUGGCACCCAUCACAUACCCGAAGAAAUGUUCCUUAUUGCUGCCCAGGAAUUGGCCAAAUUUGUGCAGAUUAGUGACAUUGAACGCGGGUCGCUAUAUCCUCCUCUAAAUACGAUUCGGGAUGUGUCCAUGAACAUAGCCAUUGCGGUGACCCAAUGUGCCUACGACAGAGGUUUGGGUUCCACCUAUCCGGAGCCGCAGGAUAAACGCAAGUGGCUGGAAUCGAAUCUCUAUAACUACAACUAUGAGUCCUCGAUGCCAACGACUUGGGCCUGGCCCCGGAUGCCGUAUGUCAAGACUCGGGAAUUGCAGCAGAUUAGUGUAAAUGAAAAAGAGGAAAAUAAUUAGAAUAGGGAAAUCUAUUCAAAAUUUAGAUAUUCUGUAAGGCCUACCAUUUUCCAUGUAGAACUUAUUCAUUUCUGGUUUAUUAAUUUUAAAUG